UUCUUUUCUUCUUCCUUCACUUCAUACGGUGUUCUUCCGUUGAUGCUGUUGCUGUGCGUUGCAGAGAGAGAAGAGAGAGAGAGAGAGAGAGAGAGAGAAGAGAAAGACGGAAUUAGGGCUUUUGGGGAGGAUGGAGUUGAUAGCAGAAAAGGAGUCGAACCACAAUAACAAUGAGAUCAACAACAACAACAACGUCACCAGUUACGCGCAAGCACUCUUAGACUCUCACGAUAAUCAUCCCAACGAAUCCGAUGAAGUUCGUGAAUGCCAUGCUCGCGACCUCAAAGCUGGCCUCCAUCCUCUCAAGCACAAGUUCGUAUAUUGGUACACUCGCCGAACUCCAGGAAUCCGGAGCCAGACAUCAUAUGAAGACAAUAUAAAGAAAAUUGUCGACUUCAGUACGGUUGAAGGUUUUUGGGUCAGUUAUUGCCACCUAGCCCGACCUUCUUCUUUGCCUAGUCCAACAGACUUGCAUCUUUUCAAGGAUGGAAUUCGCCCUCUCUGGGAGGACUCUGCUAAUUGCAACGGUGGCAAAUGGAUAAUACGAUUCAAAAAGGCUGUGUCGGGACGUUUUUGGGAGGACCUGGUUCUUGCCUUGGUGGGUGACCAGCUUGAUUAUGGAGAGAACAUAUGCGGUGCGGUACUAAGCAUCAGAUUCAACGAGGAUAUAUUGAGUGUCUGGAACCGGAAUGCUUCUGAUCAUCAGGCUGUAAUGGCUUUAAGAGAUGCGAUCAAGCGGAACUUGAAGCUUCCACACAGCUAUCUCAUGGAAUACAAGCCACAUGAUGCUUCGCUGCGCGACAAUUCAUCUUACAGAAACACAUGGUUGAGGGGCUAGAUUGAUGCCACCAGAUAAGAGCACUAGUUUCAGAAAAGCUUUCUGGAAGGCGACUGAUGCACAAGCCACGACCAGAAUCGGUAAAAUUCUUGCAUGACGAAAAGGAGAUGUGCAAAGUCUGGAGACUUUAUAAUGGGUGGCAAUCUGUACCUGAGUAUAUCUGUACUAAAUUUACUGAUGGAUUAUCAAACAAAUUACUGGCUUUAUCAAACAGAUCUUUCCAAUU